AUGGCAUUGAAGCUAUUAGGAUUUAAUCAAGAUGCGACGUGUUUCUCUGUGAUCUCGUCUAAUAAAGGGGUUACCAUUUACAACUGUGAUCCAUUUGGUAAGUGUUUCGAAUUGGAGAAAUCAACUUCAAAUGACGAAGAGCUAGAUUUUCUAGUUGAGAUGUUGUUUUCUACUAGCUUGAUAGCCGUUGUAGAUAAAACCAUUGGCGCAUCAAAGAGGAAGAAAUUAAAGAUAGUAAACACUAAACGGAAGGCUACGAUAUGUGAACUUACGUUCCCACACGAGAUUAUGGAUGUCAUAAUGAAUAGAAAAAUCAUAUGUGUUGUAUUGAAAAGUGACCAGAUAUUUGUUUAUGAUAUUUCAUGCAUGAAACUGUUACGAACCAUCGACGUUAGAGGAGAGAAACUGAAAAGCACAAGCAAGUUCAGAAAUAGUGAGGCUGUUGGUGAUAUUGGUGUGAGAGUAUCAUUAAGCACUGACAAUAAUAGUAUCUUAUGUUACUCAUCGUAUUCAAAAUCAGACAAAGAGAAUGCUCCAUUGAAUGAUAUCGUUGUAUUUGAUGCGCUGAAAUGCAUACAGAUCAACGUAUUACCCGCUGUGCAUCAAAGUAAUAUAGUAUGUAUCGCGUGUUCUCCUGACGGUAUGCUAAUGGCAACUGCCUCUGAGAAGGGUACAAUCAUAAGGGUAUUCAAAACUAUUGACACUGAAAAUGACGAACCUAUCCUUGUUAACGAAUUCAGAAGAGGCUCAAGGCCAAGUCGAAUAAGUGAAAUGAAGUUCAAUCAUGAUAAUACGCUACUAGCAUGUGUUGGGGAAUCGGACACUAUCCAUAUCUUUGCCUUGCCGGUGACAACUACCGAAGCUGACGCGAAUGAAGAUGACACUUUGCAACAAAGUUCUCAUUCUUUAUCUAGCAGUAUCAAUGGGCUACAAUACAUAUCGAAAGGUCUUGCGAACCGUUUUGGGAAAAUUAUUGUAUCGAAGAUUCCUACACAAAGCCAACAGCGACACGUAGCAUAUAUUAAGAUACCUGAAAAUGCGAAAUAUCGCAUUGGCUUCCCGAAGGAUACUACAAACACUAUACAUAUUUGUGGAGAAGAUGGUAAUUAUCUUGUAUACUCCAUUCCGAGAAAUGAAGUGGGCCCGUGUACGCUAGUAAAGAGUAACACUUUCGAUUGA